AUGGAGUUUAUUGGCCGAGAAGGGUCAGAUGAUGACUUUGAUGAUGUUCCAUUCUCAAAGUUUAAUGUUGAUAGAGUUGGAUCUUCUGGUGUACAGAAGGAGUUUACUGGUGGGUUUGAUAUGUCGAUGUUUAAUGAGUUGAAGGAAGCUAUUGAAAAUGCAAAAAUUUCUAAAGAUGGAAAUGAUAGUCCUGAUGAGAGCGAUGGCAAGAAUGAUGAUUUAAAUGAUGUUGAAGUUUUUGAUGUGAAAAGUCAAGAUGCAAUUGAAAUUGUUGGACUCGAUGAGAAUAUUCAAUAUACUCAGGUUUUUAAUGAUGAUGCUCCUUCAUUUGAUAUUAUGAGUUUUAUUUCUAGUAAACCUGAUUGGUUUACUGAAGAAAAAAAGAAUACUGAUAAAUUGAAUGAUGAAGAACAGGUUGUUGAUGAUCAUGACCUAUUUAAGGAUGUUGUUAAAAAAUCUAAGGAGGAUGAAGAUGAUGGUGGAGAUGACCAGGGUUUGGGGGGUGGUGAUGCUGUUAAAGCUAUUGGUUCAGAUGGGACAAAUAAAGACAAUGUUGAGGGAAAGAAUACUGAAGAAGCAAAAGAUGUUGCAGAUGGGAGUAAUAAAGAUAAUGUUGAGGGCAGAGCAGUUGAUGUAGAUGCAAGUGUAAAUGAUGUUGAAGGUGUUGCUAGUAAGGGAAAGUUGUUUGAUAGUCAAGGCACUGAGGAUAGUAUCACUGUGUCUGCUUUGGAGAUUAUAAAUGAAAAGAUUGAUGCCUAUGAGGGAAGCAUUAAAAAGGAUAAGUCUUUAAAUAAAUUAGAGGCAACAAAUACUGAUGUUUUAUCUACCUAUGGGUUGGACAAGACUGAUGUUGUUGGUGUUGAGAAGAAGCAUGGUUCUCAAGAAAGCUUUUCUGUAUCUACCAUGGAGGUUGUUAAUGAUCAUUUGGUUUCCUAUGAAGACAGUUUGAAAAAGGAAAAGUCUAUAAAAUUGGAGGAAGAAACUCCUACAGUUGGAAAUAGAGAGAGGAAACCUAGUUCUGUAUACAACAGUCCAUAUACCACAGAAUUUGGUUCAGGUAGUAUUGGUAAACCAAAAGGUGGACGUCCUGGAUCAUGUACUUUUGGAUUUGGCUUUUUCAAUGUGAUUGAUGAUGUGCAAGCUAAAUCUUUUGAUCAAUGGUUUAAGAUUGGGUUUAAUGAUAAAAACAAAGUGAAGAAGUUUAAAGAAUGUCAUAGGAAGCUUAAGGUUCCAUUGGAUUUUGUGGUUUGUCAAAUUGAUGAUAAGAUGUGGUUCUAUGAUUUGCUUACUGUUGGGAAGAACUUGUCAUGCUCGCAUAUUGAUGUUUAUUUCUACUAUUUGAGAAAGAAGUUAAAGUAUGACCAGUCUGUGAAAAUUUCUGGUAAUACUACUGAUUGCUUCUUUGCUUCUCAAAUUUUUGAUUUAUAUAAUGAGUUUGUUGCAAGUGGUGAAAAUGUUGAUUCGAUUAAGAAGGAUUCUAAGGCAGCUGCAUACAUAGCGGGUUUUUAUAUGUUAUGCAAUAAACCCUGGGCUGAGCUUGAUUUCUACUAA